GCUGCCGCUCGUUUCCCUCGAUCUCUUUUAAAGGCUUCUUGGUCUUCUCGCGCGGCCCCUCGCAACGGCCACGUCACGUGACUCCAGCGUCCGGCGGCGGGGGGAGCGGAGUGACGCACGAGCGGCGCGGGAGGAGGGCGUUAAACGAACUGAGCGGCAACGCCAACGGUUUCCUUUCCGCCUCGUGCCGCUGGGAACGAUUCGUGGCUUCCUCGCCAGUCGCCGCCAUGGACUCUCGCCGCCCCUCGCCUCCCCUGGGCUUGGCGAUGCUGCUGGUUGUUGUCGUCUCUGGCCUCACCUAUCUGAGUGGAGUCGCUGCGGAGGGGGAGGAAGCCAACUGCACAAGCUAUAUCAACUGUAGUUCCUGUCUUGAUAGUACCGGCAAGUUAAACUCUAGCUGUCAGUGGCUUGAGUGCAAAGAAGUGACUCAGUCCCGGUGUAUAAAUCAAACAAAAGAACAUGAACAUUGUAUUGUUUAUACAGGUCAUGAGCAAUGCUUGCUUACUCCUACCAAUGGCACAACUAGCGCGCCUCCCAGAAACAUAACCAGCACUCCUGCCCCAGGUAACACAACAUAUGCCACUUCACCUAAAGUAACGACUACUAGUGCUCCUAAUACUACAGUAACAACUUCUGCUGUACCAGGCACGCAACCACCCCGCAAGUCAUCCACGUUUGAUGCUUCCAGCUUUAUUGGUGGGAUUGUCCUUGUGUUGGGUCUUCAAGCAGUAAUUUUCUUCCUGUAUAAAUUUUGCAAGUCCAAAGAUCAAAACUACCAUACCCUCUAGGAUGUUGCUUUUCAGUGGACUCAUAGCUCAACAUCUGUGGUUAGCUGAAUCAAAACAUCUUUAUUCCUUAUAGAAGACUGCAAUUCAAAAUAUUCUUAUUCUCAAGAAGACUUCUUUAAAAGAAUAUUUUUGCAACAUGCUUGAAAGAAGGUUGUGUGAAUCAUGUCUUAAUCUGCAAGAAUACAAUAUUCUGCAUGAACCCUUAUUGGCUGUAUUAAAUUACUUUUGUGGCCGCUGCUGUGGAACCUUUUUGCUCUACCUGACAUGCCAAAUGUAGAUUUGUAUUCAAUGGCAGCAGUGUCUUAGUAGAUAAUUGCAGUAGUUAAAUUAGCUAGCCAUAGUUUUAGUAGCCUCUUAUGAUGUUAUUAAAAUGUGAACUACUGAUGACUUGGCAUGAAACACUUUUUGUGUGAAAACGAUGGUUUAUAUAGUGUAUGCUGGGAGAUUGGGACGGAUUUGUCAAAGUAGAUACUAUCUCUUCUCCCCCCUUUUAUGGAAGCCCAUAUUUUUCUAUAUUAGAUAGCAACCAAAGGAAAACUGCAUCCUUAUUGAAGGAGCCAUAGGAAGAAGUUGGUAAAUGAAGGAUGCAUUUUUCCUUUGUUUGUAAGGGAGAAAGACCAGUGCCUUAAUGACUAGGCUGCAAACGAAACUGAUUGACAUCUUAUUUGUUCAAGGUACAGUGAAUGUCAUCCUACUUUCAGCACAUUUUUUCCAGUAGAAUCAAACUUGAGAAUUAAGCUCCUUAAUUUUAAAGAAAGCAGACAUGGAAAGAGACAGCUGUUUUUUUAUUCACGUGCUACUUCUGUUGCCAUGUAUUCAUAGCCUUUAAAUUACUUGCCUUGGAAAGUACCAUUAGCAAUUCUCUCUAUGGAGAGUACUAUUUUCAGUUGGUACCCUUAGUGCUUACUGUUUUUGGAUAUUUCAAAGUUACUGUAAUUUUUGAUGGCUUUGUGACUAAUACACUUGAUAUUCUGUCCCCAUAUAGCAAUAUAGUUAAAAAGAUUGAGCACUUGGCGCUACUUUAGCUUGAGAUCAUUGUUUAAUUUUGCAGGUUAUGAUGAACGUGGUUUAAAAUGGUAGAAAUUCAGUUUACAGGUUCACUGUUAAGUUCUGCUCCUGGAUGAGCCCUUGUGAAACUACAGAAGGUUACAUAGGAAGCUGAACUUGCUCAAUAGCAAUAUCUGGGUUUAUAGCUUAUUGUGGGGAAAAUAUGUUAUGUCUCUAGCCCUUCUAGUUUGAAUAGUAUUCACCUCAAUAAUGUUGCAUAAAAGUUUAUUAGGAUAUGUAGCAAAUAGUACUGUAAUUUAAACCUUCAGGCAAAUGCACUCAUAAUAAAAUAAGACAAUCAGCUCAGGUGUAUGAAACAGUAAUUGACCAUCCAGUGGGUCACCAAGCAACACGUCUGAAUUGGGUGGUAUUUAUGGCCUUACAACAGUCAUUUAAUCUCGUUUCCUAUCUCUUACAGUCCGUAGAUAUAAGCUGAGGAUCUGAACAUAGGAUAAAAUAUAAUAUGUAUAAAUAUAAACUAAUGCACUUCUAAAGGGGUGGCAGUUGUUGAAAAGGAGAAUGUGUACCCUCCAUAGGCUUAUCCAUAAGAUAAGUAGAUUCCUAAAAGCAACUAAGUGUUGAUUCCUUACUAGCUCUUACUUUAUUUUGUAAGCUUACAGCAGAAGGGUUCGAGACACAAACAGUGCCACAACUGAAAAUUAAGCCAAUAUUGUUGUUGAUCCAGGAAUAAUUGCUGUUUAAACAACAUCAAACAGCCAUGUGUUCUGGGCUGCUCUCAAAAUUAUGACUCCUAUUUUAAGUGCCUUAAACUUUCUUAAUGAUUGGCCUCAUGUCUGAAGACAUGUGAGGAGGGGAAUCUUAGUCACUAAACUUGCCCCAGUGCCAGCAAUUGCUAUUUUCCAAGGACUUCAGGAAAUUCAGGUGCCACUCCUACUAUUCAGGAAGUUUGCAUUUUCUACUUAGCUAGCAUAUAGCUGUGUGUGUAGUAUUUAGGAUAACUGUCUCCAUGCAGUGGCAUAAAUACUUGGUUAUCUAGACCAUGUUUGAUCAGCAGCUUACCAACAUUAAGGUUAAGACUGAGGGGUUGCUGUUUAUCUUUCUAUGGAUGGUUGAGUGUUUUGUUUGCAGUUUUGGAAACUGGUUAACUUGCAAAUACCUAGGAUAACUUUUCACAGCAUCUGUCUGAAGUAUAAGAGGUUUUAAAGAAUAUUUUUUAAACCCGUCUAUGUUGAACAGUUAAUCAUAUGGCCUUUCUAAGGCAGCAAAGUGUGACUUUCAGGCUUUAUCUGGAUUGUUUCAAAACCCCAGGUGUGCAAGUAUACUGCAUCAGGAAUGGAAUGUUCAGACAUUACUGUAUUGCAUAUAUGUUGUCUUCAGUAGAAGAAAUGCAAACUUAUAAUCACA